AUGGCUUCCAUCCUCUCGAACGAGAAGUUCCCUACGAAGCUACCUGCUCCACCGCCGCCGCUUCACACUCGCUCCCACAAUGAUAUAUACCAACAGCCCAGCACACCUACAGGAGAGAGCUAUUGGUCUCCUACGCAGACACCACAAGGAAGCCCAAGCAAGAACAGGCUACCGCCUGGAGCUUAUGAUCUGCCCAACGUCUUCGACAACGCAUUGAGACUCGAGCCUACCACGGCAUCCCCCACAAAACUGCCGCGCUCUACCCACGGGAAAGGACUUCUAGGUGGAGAGGAGCAGUAUGGUGAGAAGACGGUACUUGAGUACCAGAGUGAUACUCAAGGCAGCCCAAUGCGACGAUCCAAUAAAGAGAACACACCUCCGGGACCGCGCCCUGGUGUGUCGAAAGAGACAAGCUAUGUCAAUCAGGCCGCUGCAUCACGACAAGAGCCUUAUAAGCCCAGAGAUGUAGACACCAACGGGCGCCAGAAGUAUGCAACGGGACAGGCAAUAUCCACUGAUGAUCUGGACAAGCUUCGGAAACCUUCUGUACAACGGCUGGCUAAUGUCACCCAGCUCUACUUCUUAGAUCAUUACUACGAUCUGCUCAGCUACGUACACACUCGUCAGAACCGCCUGUCUCAGUUCAAGGCUCAGAAUCCCGCUCCUCCCGAAACGCCAAAAGAGCAGUAUGAUGCUGCACUGAAUCAAUACUUGGGAAGAGAGCGAGCGAACCUUCGCAAGCGCCGUACAAGACUUAGACACGGGGAUUUCCAGAUCCUUACGCAAGUUGGACAAGGUGGCUAUGGCCAAGUGUAUCUGGCGCAGAAGAAGGAUUCAAGAGAAGUCUGUGCACUAAAGGUCAUGAGCAAGAAGCUUCUAUUCAAAUUGGAUGAGAUUCGUCACGUUCUCACCGAGAGAGACAUCCUCACUAAUGCGAAGAGCGAAUGGCUAGUGAGGCUCUUGUAUGCUUUUCAAGAUGAGAAGAGCAUUUAUCUAGCUAUGGAAUACGUACCAGGUGGUGACUUUCGCACCCUACUCAACAAUACUGGCGUACUUCACAAUCGACAUGCUCGGUUCUACAUUGCAGAGAUGUUCGAAUGUGUCGAUGCGCUACACCAGCUUGGCUAUAUCCAUCGCGAUCUGAAGCCUGAGAACUUCCUGAUCGAUAGCACCGGUCAUGUCAAGCUAACGGAUUUUGGUCUUGCGGCUGGUAUGCUUGCACCUGCAAAGAUCGAGUCAUUGAGAGUAAAACUCGAAGCGGUUGGUAACGUCGCCGUUCCUUUCGGACGACCUAUGGAGGACCGUACGGCUGCAGAGCGUAGAGAUGGCUACCGAUCUCUUCGGGAACGGGAUGUCAACUACGCGAAAAGCAUUGUGGGCAGUCCCGAUUACAUGGCUCCUGAAGUACUCAAAGGAGAAGAAUAUGACUUUACUGUCGAUUACUGGAGUUUAGGGUGUAUGUUAUUUGAGGCGUUAGCUGGCUACCCACCUUUUGCCGGAGCGACUGUCGACGAGACGUGGCAGAAUCUCAAGCAGUGGAAGAAGGUCCUGCGUAAACCCGUGUACGAGGAUCCGAACUACUUCCUCUCCAAGAGAACAUGGGAUCUGAUCACACGGCUGGUCGCAUCUAAGACAUCUCGCUUCCGUGGCAUUAGUGAGAUUCAUGGUCAUGCUUACUUUGCUGAGGUUGAUUGGUCCAAACUGAGGGAGCAGAAGGCACCUUUCGUUCCAGAGCUCGACUCGGAGACUGAUGCUGGCUAUUUCGAUGAUUUCGGCAACGAGGCUGACAUGGCCAAGUACAAGGAAGUGCACGAAAAGCAGAACGCACUCGAGAGUAUGGCCGACCGUGAUGAGAAGAUGAAGAAGGGUUUGUUCGUAGGAUUUACAUUCAGGCACCGCAAGCCAGCGACUGAUGAUACCGGCAAGCCUACCAGUCCACGCAAACCGCUGCCGACUGUUGAUGAGUCCUUCGGGACCAUUUUCUAG